AUGGCAGGUCCCCUGGAGCAGUCUCUGGCUGUGAUGGUCUACAAGUACUUGGCAAAGCAAGGUGACCAAUGCAAACUCAGCAAGGCUGAGCUCAAGGAGCUGCUGACCAAGGAGCUUCCGAGCUUCGAGAGCCUAAGUGCCGCAAAACAAAUGGACGACGCUGAAUUCCAGAAGAUCAUGAACGACCUGGAUGUCAACAAGGACAACGAGGUGGAUUUCCAGGAGUUCGCCUGCUUCUUAGCCUGCGUGGCCAUGGGCUUCAAUGACUUCUUCAAGGAUCAUCGCCAGAAGCAGCUGCAUAAGAAGUGA